AUGCUUUGCGCAAUUUCGGGAGAAGCUCCCCAGGAGCCCGUUGCCUCAAAGAAGUCGGGCACCGUCUUCGAGAAGCGCUUGAUCGAAAAGUACAUCGAAGAGAACGGCACCGAGCCCGUCACCGGCGAAGCCUUGACGGCCGACGAUCUCCUCCCGUUGACCCAGUCGCACAUCGUCCGACCUCGACCCCCGACCCUUACCUCUAUCCCAGCGCUGCUGGCGACCUUCCAGAACGAGUGGGAUGCGCUAGCUCUGGAGACAUUCAACUUGAAGGAGCAGCUGGCAAGAACGAGAGAGGAGCUCGCUACGGCUCUGUACCAACACGAUGCCGCCGUCAGGGUUAUCGCCAGAUUGACAAAAGAGAGGGAUGAGGCCAGAGAGGCGCUGUCUAAGGUCAGCGUCACCGCUGGUGCUACAAAUGGAGAUGCAAUGGCUAUCGACUCUGCCGAAGCUCUUCCCGAAGAGCUGGCUGAGAAGGUCAGCGCCAAGCAUCAAGAGCUGUCCAAGGGUCGCAAGAAGCGUCCAGUUCCUGAGGGCUGGGCUACCCCCGAUGAUAUCGCCUCCUUGGACACUGUGGCCUCCACAUCAACACCCCUUUCGCAAGCCUCCUCUCUUGCCCUCGAGGGUAGUUAUGCUGCCGUUGGUGCCCGUGAUGGACAGGCGGCGAUAUACUCGGUCGAAGCGCAGCAGGUUGAACGCCAGGUUGCAGUCAAUGAGCCUGUUCUCGACUCUGCCUGGACUGGAAGCAAGCUCAUCUUUGCCACGAGCAAGGGAUCCGUCAAGAUUUUCGAGGGUGGUGCGGAAAUUGCGUCGCUCUCCGAGCACGCUGGACCUGCCACGUCGCUCAGCGUUCACCCCACGGGUGAGCUGCUUGCUUCCGUUGGUUCGGAUAAGAGCAUUGCAUUUUACGAUCUUCACGCUUUGAGAAGAGUCAGCAGGGCAUACACAGACGCAUCUUUGACAUCCUCUGCUUUCCACCCCGACGGCCACCUCUUCGCCGCUGGUACGGUUUCCGGCGAGAUCAAGCUCUUUCACACGGCAAGCCUCGAGUUCGCCACUGCGUUCUCUCUUGGCGCGCCCGUUGAGGCUGUGACUUUCUCAGAAAACGGAUUCUGGCUGGCGGCUACGGCGAAGGGCCAGAGCUCGGUUACAAUUUUUGACUUGCGCAAGGAGGGAGACGCUGCUAGAGCCAAGACGCUGGAGACGGGCGGACCUGUCCAGUCUUUGGCGUGGGACUACACCGGCCAGUUCCUAGCCACUGGCGGUGCGGGAGGUGUCACUGUUCAGCAAUACAUCAAGAGCUCCAAGGCAUGGUCGGAGCCUUUCAGGAGUUCCGUUGCAGUGGCGUCUGUGAAAUGGGGCCCUGGAGCCAAACAGCUGGUUUCUGUCACGCCAACCCACCAGGCUCGGAACUGGAUCAUGAGUCUAGAUACUUCGCCUGAACCUUCUUCGCCUGAACCUUUCUCCUCCGAUAUCGAUAUCCCAGCAGUCGACGACGACGACAUUCAGGCCUACAACGAAUUCUUUGCCGCUGCUGAGGACUUGGUCUCUGAGCACUCCGACCCUAACUCCAAUCCCUCCGAUCGACUGGGUCCGCGUUCGCCCUCCUUCGACUCUGAAGCCGACGCACAACACGAUUGGGACCCGGAGGAGCUGUCCGAAUCUCCAGAGCCGCUUUCAGACCUAGACACAUCACCCUCUCGGGACUCGUCAGCUGACCCAUACGCCGACUUGUUUUCUCGUCCCGAUUCCUACCCUUUGUCCCCUGAUCUCGAAGGCGAGCUCGAGCUUGCCCUUCUUGCCGAAUUAGACGAGCUUGACGAUCGACUGCCGCCCCUCAUAGAACACAGAGCACAACGACCCAACCGCCCCGGCAAUAUGGCAGCACCAAGACAGGCCAACGCCGCGAACGGCGCAGGUGCAGGUCCCGAUGUGCUGGUCGACUUGGAACUGUACUUUAGGCAGGAGCGACCCCAACGCAGAGCUCAGCAGAACCAGCAAGGCCCAGCUGAUGUAAUCGACCUCACGAACGAGCCAGACAGUCCCGUUCAAUCCCAUGCGCCACGACCAAGCGUGAAUCCUCGACGGCAGAAUUCGCAGGGACGCAACCCUCCAGCACUUGCACGAAGCGACAGCAGCAUCCUCGCCGGCAACGCACCCAACGUGAUUGACCUUACGGAUGACUCUCCCGAAGUUCCGCGCCGCCGACCCGAUAGACAGUUGCCUUCAAUUCCAGGGAGAAAUCGGGAGCACAGAGACCGAGGCGGUUUCAUGCCUUACAACCCGGCGAGCGCAUUCAGUGGUCUGGCUGCGGGACUAAGGAGACACCUGUACCCGCUCCGUCUAUUUCCCGCUCAAGAGGAGGACGUUCAGCUUCUCGGCAUUUUGCAUAAUCGGAUCAACCCAGGCGACCUUAACAACCCGCUCGGGAACAUUCAGCUGCAGUACGAACACAACGCUUUCGACCGCGCGGAAUCCCCAAAACCCGUACACCAGCCUCCGCCUCCUGCGAAGCCAGGUUACACGAGAGACACAGGCUCUGACAUGGUCGUGAUAUGUCCGUGCUGCAACGAAGAGCUCGCUUACGAUCCCGACGUCCCCGCGAGCGAAAGUCAUCCAUCACGCAAGGGCAAGCGGCAGCGUAGCGAGCACCACUUCUGGGCCCUAAAGAAUUGUGGACAUGUGUACUGUGAGGAAUGUUUCGAGAACCGCAAACCAACGGCCAAGCGCCGAAACACGGGCUUACCAUCCAACCCCGAGGGUAAGAUCAUUUGCUCGGUCGAUGGAUGUGACACUCAAGCUGGGAACAAGGGCUCUUGGGUUGGUAUUUAUCUCUGA